UUCAUAUUACUUUAGAAAUAAUUAAUUUCUUUAUAAUAAUAUUAUUUUUAGUAAUUACCCCGUUUUAAAAUCAACUGAUCUGAAACAUGUAACCGUAUGGCAACAAGUAUUAGAGUAAUAAUUCACAAUGCCUUAAAGUUUUAUUGCUCAAUAUCAAACUAGGUUUAGGCUUUGUUUUAAUUAAUAUUUUGUCUACUUUGUUCUCAAGUUUAUAAUUGAUAAAAAUCUUGUUUUUCUUUAAGGGUAUAGAUUUCAAUAUCGCUUACAGAUUAAAUUCAGUGUGUUAUAUAAAUCACUAGGGACAUGUUAUAGUAAGCAAAAUGAAAGAAGAAGAAUUGAAGUAUAUGUUGCGGCUUUUAGAUGACCUUACUGAAGAAAUAUUUAAGGAAAUAUUACUGUUCUACUAUGACAUUGAGGAAUCUAAACAGCCUGCAGAAUUUUCAAAUAAUAUCUUUCAAUUCCUGAAACAUAACAUAAAGAACAACCCUGUCACUACUCUAACUCUAAUUCAUUUUAUACAAGAACAACACAAUAGUGCUAUUGACCAAGAUAAAAUACAACCAAUAUAUUUAGAAGUGCUCCGAAAUGAAUUGGCUGAAAAUCAUUGUUCAGAUAAACUACUGACAAUGAUAUCAGUAAUGAGAUGGGACAGCAAAUUCUUACCACUGUUUACCCAACAAAUAUUGAUGCCACUCACAGCUGACACAUACCGACAAUACAGAAAACAAAUAUUGAUAAGUCUUGUGCCUUAUGGAAAACCUGAGCUUUUACAUUUGGCAUCAGAUCAGAUGCAGAAAAAUGAACCUCACAAAGAAUUUAAAUUGACACCAGAAUAUAUGCUGGAAUUAUGUUAUGAGGACAAAAUACAUUGGCUGUUGAAAGCAGCUCAAGUUUAUAAACAUCAAUUACAUGACAUGAAAAAUGUGACAUUUAAAAUAAAUAAUUUUACAAAACAAAUACUUAUUAUGGUACUUAUUGAUCUAACUAAUAGUGCAGAGACUUAUGAUUUACCUUCUCUAAUUCAUCAAUUGACUAACAUAUUUUCUAUACUUGAUACCUAUACAACCAUUGAUGAACAAUUGCAAUUUUAUAUAACUGAAGUUAAAAGAGAAUUGACAAUAAUAAAAUUUUGCAUAGAGAAUAAUAGUAAAAUUAUGACAACCUUAAUAUUUAGUCAAGUAUUAACACAGAGUGCUUUAGCUGUGAUAUCUCAAGUGUGCAGGCUGUCUAAAGUCGAUAGAUAUAAAGUCUCAAGACUUUUGAACAUGAAUAAUGAUUUUGUAAAAGAGCUGAUGAGUCUGAAUCAUCAACCCAAGCCUAAACAACAAGAAGGGUAUAAUACUAAUUGGGAUAUUGUGACCUAUAAUAGUUAUUGCGCAGUGACAAAGAUUAUAGAUAGUAUUCUAAAUUCAUCUGAGCGAAUAGAAGAUGCACAGGACAUUACAACAUCGUUGGAUGAAAUUAAACGGCUUGUUUUAUCGAUACAACCCUUCCAUUACUGUGUGGAAGUAAUUGAAAAUAUUUAUUCCUGUUUAUUCUUAAGAUAUGAAUAUUUCUCAUGUAAUGAACAUAACCAGGACUAUCCAUGUGGCACACAUUCUGAAUGCUCUUAUUUUUAUUCAAAAAGACAAACUCAACAACCUAUUAGUUUGAAGAGCAAUAAUUCUGGAUUUAUGUGCAAUUCAUUAACAACACAAAUUGUUUUGAACACACUUAAAAUAUGUUUGGAAAAAUUGGAAGAGAGUAUAAUUAAUGAAGAUCAGAAUACUAACGCAAGACUGAAACAUUUAGUAAAAGUAGUUAAUCAUUCAAUGUGGAAAUUGCAACUGGUAUCAACAUUAUCUCCAGAUACAAGUCCAACACAGCUAAAACUUUGUCUGGACUAUGUAGAGGUUGACGAAAGCAGUGAAGAAGAUGAUAAAGAACUUGAUAUGAAAAUUUUGAAAAAGAAGCCAAAAUGCAGAAGAAGGUAUACAAAUGUAAAGCAAGACAAAGAUCAAAUAAUGCAAGCUUCCACAAUUUCAGCUAAUGGUGAAGCGCUAUCUACUAAAGGAAGUGGAAUUGACUUUAUCUCUGUUAUGUUGGCUAAACCAAACAGUUUAGUAGCUCUAGCGCUGUACAACAACGAUUUUUCCAAGGCUAAUCAAAUUCUUGAGAUGUUUGAUUUGGCUGAUUCGGAAAUUGCAACAGAAGUAAUAUUCACUGAACAGUUGCGACAUCUUGUGGCAAAAAUAAAGAAUAUUAUAUAUUAUAGAGACGAUACUCGUUACGCCACUAAAGAGCUUUCAGCAUUAUCGGUAGUGUCCACUGAAGUUAUGAGUCUUGUUGAAGGAUUCCUCGCAUCAAAUAGAGCACCUAAUUCAUUUGAUGUAAUAGAUUUGUCAUCGAGGCACCCACAUUUACAGCUGUACAGUCAUCAAAAUGCUCCUUUUAUUAAUGCAGUGGACAUAUUACUGAGCAGUGGACUGAAUAGAGAAAUUACUUACGGCUUAAUAAAUGUUGUUGAAAGGAAACUAGCUGAAGUUAGGAGUUGCACAGAUAUAGCUGCUGUAAAGAAAACAAAUUAUAUUCGUUUUGUUGAAGACAUAGCUAGCGUUACAUUCGAAAUAUUCGGCAAUAUGGAGAAAACAUUUAAUUUCGUUGAUAACAUUUGUGGUCUGAUAACCGACUGUCGAAUACCUAUUAAACAUAAAGAGUUUUGCAAAAUGAAUCAACUUUCCAGAGAUUUAAGACAAUCUUGUGAUGAUUUGGUAGAUGUCGUGAGUCCGGUAGAAACAAAGGACUUGGAUCAAAACUUGUUACAAAAAUAUCAUCAAAUUUAUAUGAACGUCGUCGCUGCGUCCGAUAAAGACAUAUGCAAUGUCGUUGAAAUUUCAAGACAUGGUAACAAAAAGACUAGAAUUCCAUAUUUAAGAAUGUGCUACAUGUAUUGCAAAACAGUUUUUCAGUUACAACAAGAAGAGAAUCGCUCGGAUGAUACGACGACAGAAAAGCCUUACUUCUUCGUCAUGGAGAAGCACCUUCAUGAUAUAUUUGGAAAUAUGAUAAACAACAAGGAAAUCUCUGUGACAUACUUAGAGCCUAUAUGCAAAAAGUUAAACAUUGAUCUGAUACCAAAGUUGAUAUUAAAUUUCUGUCCAUCCAUAACAUUAGCAGGACCUCACAAAGAAGCGACUGAAAUUAAUUUUAACAACUUACUUCAAGCUGUUUAUGACUUCAAAAAUCCAGAAGAAAAUUUGUUUUUAGAUCCAGUAGCAGACUUCGCUCCUUUACCGCGAUCACCUGAUCCACAAUCUCUUACAUACGUGGUUUUGCAUAAUUGGGUGCUUGCACAUAUUAUUAAAAAAAUUCACACAUCACAAACUGAAAAUAGUUUGCAACAAAGUAUAGAUGCGAGAACAAAAGCAUUAAAUAAUUACAUGGAACUGGAGAGGUUUAAUUGCUUGAAAGUUCUAUUUGGCGGAAACAAGUAUUUAGCUUCAUUGCAUACUAUUAUUGACUUAGACAAACUCUUCUUAUAUAUGCCCCAGUUGAUAGCGUCCGGGAAAAUUUUAAAGUGUUUAAAUAUUAUCGACUCGCUAUCAGAACGCCAGCAGAUGUGUAGCGCCAACCUGAACAAUUUACGAGAUUUGAUUUUAUUUAAAUUGGCAACUAACACCAAAAUCAGUAACAGUUGGAAGUAUUGCCAAUAUCUAAAAUGUCCAGAAUUAAAGAUUGAUCUUAUCUUAAAUAAUUUAAACAAUUGGUGUGCUGAAGGUGCCAUAGAGGUAUUAGACUACUUGCGUUUCCUUUCCCAUCAGGAAACUUUAGAAGAAGGACUGUAUAAAAAAUGCACUGACUGGAUAGUUAAAAUACCUCUAUACGAUCAGAUAGCGUCUAUAAUGGGAGAAAGUCAUUGGUAUAAUAUAUAUGAAAAAUCCAUAAACAAUCCAGAGAGUAUCAUCGAAGUGCUGUUAGUGAGUCAACAGUUCCAACUGUGUUUAGAUUGGGCAGAUGUACAAGAAGUCUCAGAAAAUAUGAAGAACUUGAUUGUAAUGAAUCUGUUACGGCAGCUUUUUGAGUACACAAAUCAGGCCACUCCCACUCUUAUAGAAGAGCUUUUGAGAAGACUGCCCACUAACCAGGCAAUGGAUUUGGUCCAAAAAGAGAUAUAUAAAGUGAGAAAUGUCGAAAUCCUUCAAGUGUGUAUUGACUAUAUUUCAGAUAACUCUUUUGACUGGAAGACGUUUGAGAAUAUUAAAGUGGGCUUGCAAAUAAUGCUUCAAAUCGAUGGUAACGUACGUCACCUUUUCUGGGACCUAAUAGAAAAGCCAUUGCUGAUGAUAGAGCAGUUUCUUAUGAACGCAAAAUUGGAUGUGCUUACAAAUAUUAUAAAUAAAAUUUCGCCGAUAUUAAUAAAAGAUCCUACUGGUGAUAAUCUAUAUUAUAACAUAAAAGCCAUAGAUAGCGCAAUAAUUUCUAAAAAUGCAUUAGAUGCGUUACUGAGAUAUUACGCAGAGAAAGCGUUGGAUAUGAAAAAUAUAGGGAACGCGUAUCCUGUACCACCUAAACCGUCAGACGAUUCAUUAUUACAAUCGAUUGAUUCAAUAAAUCUGGAGUCCGCAUCCAAGCCAUUUGUAAUGCCGGAACAGGUUCCAACCAAAGAGCAGUGGGUGGAGGAUUAUGCGGCUGACAGGUGUAUGUUGUGCCACACUUCAAUUUUCUCUAUGAUCAUCCGCAGACAUCAUUGUAGACGAUGUGGUAGGCUUGUUUGUCACGCCUGUUCACGAAAUAGGAUGCAGAUACCCACGUACCCGAGCGGCAUCAAGUUCCGCGUUUGCGACGAUUGCUACACACAGACAAUGAAUAAGAAAGCGAACGCGGAUCCAGAUUUAAUUAUGAGCAGUAACUCAGACUCGGCCGGCAGUGGGGUGUCCUAUAUGGAUUGGUGUUUGUCGAACAACGCGAAUAAAAACGAAGCGGUUAGAACUGAGUUCGCCUAUGAAUUCACGCCUAAUGUCACUCUGUGCUUGUCGAUUAUGAAAAUGCAUUCAAUAAAUUUGGAUUAUCCUAGGUUCCUUCUAGACCGCAGUGAUGAGCUGGGUGGCGAAGUGUGGGGUGGGGAUGCGCGGCUGCUAGUACGCGCGCGCCGCUCGCUGCUUCUUGCUGCCGCCGAACUCUACUCACGAACACCAUCUGCACCUACUGGGGCUCCACACAACGCGGCGUGGCGCGUGUCGGAGGCGGGCGCUGCGCACGCGGCGCGGUGUCUUGCGCACGCGGAUGCGAUGGCAACCCUAGUGCGUCACCAGGCCCACCACCUCGCCUGCCCGCCGCACCGCGCAGCACAUCCCAGUCAAAUUGUACGUUCGCUUCUAGAAGCGGAAAAAUGGGAGCUAGCUUUAGAAAUAGCAACAAAAUCUGUUCUAUCUAGAAACAGCGUGCUAGCUGCUUGGGGUAAAGCCUGUCUAAAAGCGGGCUGUUUCAAACAGGCACGUGAGAAAUUUGCACAUUGUUUUAAAAAUACAGUAAACGUGUGUGUUGAGAUGGAGGAUUGCGAAUACGGGAAGGAAGCACAGGAAACUCAGUUUGUAAACAGACGAUUGCACAGCUUGAGGACUUCACAGCGGAGUAGCUCGAUGUCGAGCGUGCAAUCGGACGGCCGCUCUCGCACGAACUCGCCACUGCUCAAUGAAAUAAUUAGUCUGAUUGAAGACAUGAACUAUCCAGUCAAUCAGCAGUUACUCCAAAAAGCCGAUGCAAUAAAGACUACCAAUGAGAGAUUAUCAUCAAUGAAUACAAAUAAGAAAAGAAUACAGUUAAUAGAACCGGCAUUGAAUAUUAUGCACACGUUAGCUAGUGUUAAAAAAAUUAAACAAGGUGACUAUAGUGAUUUUCAGACUGCCGUGAUUCCACCAAAGAAAACUUUGGCUCAAGGUUUGUUAAGGAGAAACAAUCAACCCGAGACAAAAGUGAAACACAAAAACAAAAGACUGGAUCCAUUCUUUUAUAAAGAAUGUGUAUACUACUUAAGUAACUAUGGAUCACAUGUUACAAAUAUAGGAUUUUAUAUGAAACACAGUGAUAUGGGAGAGGUGAUUAGGUACUGCUACGAUAAUCUAGUCGACAAAGAAACAUUUACGGAGUCUGUGUACAUGGAAUGUCUGAAAAAGGACAAAGUGGAUGAGUUGCUGAAAGCUAUGACGGAUAUUGAUAGCACAUUAGAAAUGUGGUCGGAGUAUAUAAUGCACGUGUGCCGCACGCUGGAGGCGAGCCGGCGGCUGGAGGCGUUGUACGCGCUGCAGGUUGGCAGCGCGCAGCACGCCCGCGCGUCGGCCACGUGCGCGCUGCUGUUCGCGCGCCCGUUAGCACGUGCAGCCACGCCCUUCGCCGAACUACGCGCACGCCGCCACCGCCUCGCGGCCGCGCUCGCGCACCUCUCGCACUGCGUCCCCACCUCGGCGCCCGCGCACAGGGAAAACAACCCGAAAUCUAUUCAAUUUCAUUUGGAUAAAGUGACCAUAGACGGUUUAAUGACGACGAUUACUCGCCAAAUGGAACUGACUGAUUAUCUCGCAGCUUGUGAAGAGACUGGCAGAUUAACUGAGAAAGUGUUAAAUGAGGUCAUACCGAUUGCCAGUACACGAAAGGAAUCGGACAUAACCAAUGAAUUUAGACCGUUGACUCUGUUCGGAUCGAACACAGAUAAAAUAAGAUUAAUCGCUGUUGUAUUAGCGACGGGACAAAAUGUAGAAGCUGGUUUCGAAUUGGCAUUUAGAAUUAUAACUGAACACAAAUUGGAUUCCAUGAACAUAUAUACGCACGUAGCAAGAUACUUGGUACAUGCCGACAGAUUUAUGGAAGUCAAGAUGCUGGCUAAAUGUAUCCGAACUUCUAAAGAAACUGCUGCUAGCCUUAUGAGCGAUCAAGUGCUAGAAUCGGGAGUAAGCGCGGUUGUGGCACGUUGCGAGUCUCGCGGCCAGCUGUAUGACGAACAAGCCGAGCUGCUCAUAUGCGAUAUACACAGCGUUACCAUCAAGAUAUCGUGCUACUUAGUUUGCCGCAACCUCAGCAGCGCAUACAUACUGGCCGCGCGGCAUGACCGCACCAACGAUUUGCGUCGCGUGUUGCAGGAGGCCGAACGACUCGGCAACGACCCCGUUAAGAAUGCUUGUCUCAAACGACUCACGUCCAAAAAUGUUAUAUAGUGGUAUUAUUAUUUAAAAGUUAAGAUACAUUAUAUUUUGUAACAAAAUGAUUUAAUAAGUCAGACUGUUAAUUUAGUUUCUAGUCAUUAAACAUUGCGUAUUUUGUCAUGAUUUGAAAAUAUUGAUAUUUAAAAAUAUAUUCAUAAAAUCAAAGAUGAAUGUAGUAUACCUUUUGUAUAUAACACUAAGGCAUUGAUCUUGAAAAUAGUUCUACCUAAAAUCAUUGUUACCUAAUUAAGAAAAACUUUCAUUAGACUUUUUUAUUGUUAAUUUUACGUAAUCAAAGGAAAUAUAUCUGUUAAGUUUAAAAUUAAAUAUCUAUUUAAUUAUUGACUAUUUUUGAGGUGCAAUUUUAUUGUGUUCGCUAAUUAAUAUGUUUUGUUGUUUUAUCAAUUAUAUAAAUUAUUAGUUGAAUAGGAUGAAUUAAUACUGAAUUUAUAAAAUGCAUUGCUAUAUUACCUAAGUAUACUCAAUCUUAAAUAUAUAAAAUGAUAGCUCACAAAUGAACUAUAUGGCUCAUUGUGUAAUACUUCAUACUCAAGUAGAUAUAUUCAAUACAGAGUGUAACAACAGCUAUGACCAUGGCAACAUUGUUUUAUUAGAAGAAUUAUUUGUUAUUUUUUAAAUAAACUUAAAAUAAUUCAUUGUAUUAUUAUUUAAUUUGUCUAUAGAACAUUAUAAUUUAUUUAUCAAAAAGUAUACUUUCACUUAUCAUAUGACUCAUUAUAUAAAAUAUUGUAUAAAGAUGGAAUUAUAUGGAACAAGCAUAGCACAUAUGAAUUAGCGAAAGGUAUAAUUCCACUUUAAUUGUAUCGAAAUACCUACAAUAUCCAAUAUUCUUGUAAUCAUAUUUCAAGUAUUGAAAAUAUUAGAAUAAUUAAAGAUAUAUUCAUUCUACAGUUAUCCAAAAAUUUUUAAAUCAGUAUUAAUUCAUUGAAAUUAUUAGUAUUUUUAUCUGUACUGUUGCAUAUACUUAGUGGGCUUAUUAUACAAUGUAUUGACUCAGCCUAAAUUAAGGCCUUAUUGGUAUCUAAUGAAAAUUGGUCUCAUAAUGUGAUAACAAAAUAUUGACUUAUAGAAAAAUGAAAAAUAAAUAUCUAAAAAUUGU